GAAUGCAUUUCCAUCCACAUUGGGCAGGCUGGCGUGCAGAUGGGCAAUGCCUGCUGGGAGCUCUACUGCCUUGAGCACGGGAUCCAGGCGGAUGGGACCAUUCCUGGCCCCAAGCAGGUGAAACCUAUGGAGCCGAAGUCUGAACAAGUGGAUUCUUCUUUCGAGACCUUCUUUUGUGAGACAGCAUCUGGGAAGCACGUGCCCCGGGCAGUGUUCAUAGACUUGGAGCCCACUGUCAUCGAUGAGAUCAGGACCGGGACCUACCAUGCGCUCUUCCACCCAGAGCAGCUCAUCAGUGGCAAGGAAGAUGCUGCCAACAACUAUGCUCGCGGCCACUAUACGAUUGGCAAGGAGAUUAUAGACACUGUCCUCAGCAGAAUUCGUAAAAUGGCUGACCAGUGCAGUGGACUCCAAGGGUUCCUGGUCUUCCACAGCUUUGGGGGAGGCACAGGCUCUGGGUUCACCUCACUCCUCAUGGAGCGGCUCUCCGUGGAGUACAGCAAGAAGUCCAAGCUGGAGUUCUCUGUGUACCCAGCCCCACAGGUCUCCACAGCAGUGGUGGAGCCCUACAACUCCAUCCUCACCACCCACACCACCCUGGAGCACUCGGACUGCUCCUUCAUGGUGGACAAUGAGGCCAUCUAUGACAUCUGCAACCGCAACCUGGACAUCGAGCGUCCCACCUACACCAACCUCAACAGGCUGAUUGGGCAGAUUGUCUCCUCCGUCACUGCAUCCUUGAGAUUUAAUGGUGCUUUGAAUGUUGACCUGAUUGAAUUCCAGACCAACCUGGUGCCCUACCCACGGAUACACUUCCCGCUCACUACCUAUGCACCCAUCAUCUCAGCAGAGAAAGCCUACCACGAGCAGCUGUCGGUGCCAGAGAUCACCAACGCUUGCUUUGAGUUCUCCAACCAGAUGGUGAAAUGUGACCCACGCCGUGGCAAGUACAUGGCAUGCUGCCUGCUGUACCGGGGUGAUGUGGUACCAAUCGCGGAGGCGUGGGCCCGCCUGGACCACAAGUUUGACCUGAUGUACGCCAAGCGAGCCUUUGUGCACUGGUAUGUGGGGGAGGGCAUGGAGGAGGGGGAGUUUUCGGAGGCCCGGGAGGACCUGGCUGCCCUGGAGAAGGAUUAUGAGGAGGUUGGAAGGGACUCGGCAGAUGGAGAAGAAGAUGAGGCUGAUGAGGAUGAGUAUUAA